AGCAGCAGCAGCAGCAGCAAGUCGUUUGUUCGCAGCGGUGUCAUGGCGGCGGCGCGCAGCUUGCGGGUUUCGGUGAAAUCAGACAGCGGCUCUGACCACUCCGAGUCCGAGUCGGACUCCGAGUCCGACAGAGGUGCCCGCGAGCCCGAACCUAUGGAGGUGGAGGAAGGGGAGCUGGAGGCUGAAGACAUCUCCAACAACCGGUCCCUGAAUGAUUUGCUGCCGGACACGGGCAGGCGCUACGAGAACAAAGCUGGAGCAUUCAUCACCGGGAUUGACGUCAAUUCAAAGGAGGCCAUUGAGAGGAAAGAGAAGCGAGCGAGGCGUUUCCACUUCCACGGGGAGGUGAACGCCACUCAGCGCAACAUCUUCCUGGAUAAAGAUGCAGUAAAGAAAGCCAUCCCCAAAGUGCGCAUGGAGGCUGUCCACAUCAUGGGUGUCGAUGACAUGAGCACUCAGGACGUCUUUGGCUACUUUAAAGAAUAUCCCCCCGCACACAUUGAGUGGAUUGACGACACUUCCUGCAAUGUGGUUUGGCUGGACGACAACACAGCCAUCAGAGCCUUCAUCAACACCAGCCGCAUGCCCGACCCACACACUGCUAUUGUGACAGAUACGGAGAGCACCACCCAGCCGGGCAAGCACAGAAAAAGUCGUCGGAGUCAGGGGUCAGAUGACGAUGAUGACGAAGAAGAGGGCGAGGUGGAUGAGGAGGUGAAGAAGACCAGCGAGGAGAGCGCGAAACACAGUGAUGGGGAAGAGGAGCACACGACAAAGGGGGACGACCUUUCGCGGGCCGAGAGAGAAUCUCUGCUGAGGAAUGAGCCACGUCCUGCCAUCAAAGCCUUCAAAGGAAACAAGCUCCUUCUUCGCUUUGCCACCGAAGAUGACAAGAAGGAGCUCGGUGUCGCCCGGCGCAGUCGGUACUACAUGAAGUACGGAAACCCGAACUACGGAGGCAUGAAGGGGAUUCUCAGCAACUCCUGGAAGAGGAGGUUUCAUAACCGACGGAUGCAGCGAGACGUCAAAAGCAAGAAGCCUCUGAUUGGAGACAGCAUGGGACACACUCCACCAUACACACACCGACACUCUGCUGACCUGGUUAACCUGCCGGAGGAGCCCAUCAAGGAGGAGGAGGAAGAGGAUGAGGAGGACUACGGUGAUGAAGACAUGGACUCGGAUGACCGGGUGGUGGAAUUCAAAGAAAAAGGAGACAAGGGCGUCUCAUCCUCACGGCCUCCACUGGCGGGGCCCCGUAGGAGGCUAGAGCGCUCGCCAUCUCCAUGGUCCGAAUCGGACGAGAUGGACUACGAUCUGGAGCUGAAGAUGAUCUCCACGCCAUCGCCAAAGAAGAGCAAGAAGAUGACAAUGUACGCGGAUGAGCUGGAGGCACAGCUGAAGAGCAUCAGCAGAAACAGGGUGGGGGAGUCGGCAUCACAAAGCCGGGCCAAGUCACCAUCACCCAGCAAGGUGACCGACGUGCGGCAGCUACUCGAGGAGAAAAGACAGGGGCUGUCUCAUCACAGGCAACAACCCCAUGUAGUCAACAGCGGGAAGACAGAUGUCCGACAGCGGCUUGGGAAGAGGCGCUACUCAGCUGAAAGGGGACGCUCUCACUCGCCUGUCUCCCCAAGAGACACCCCUACCCCCGCCAGAGAACCAAUCAGUGACGUGCAUUGUCGACUCGGCGUUGUCAGUCGAGAAAGAGGCAGCUCAUCGAAGUCAUCCAAAGACAGAAAGACAAGCAGCCUCUGGAGCCGACUGGGCGACAAAGAGGAAAAGACGGGAAGUCGCGAGCGCGGGCCGAGUGGCGGGUCAUCAGGACUGUUCUCGUCCUCACGGCGCAGCGGGAGACGCAGAGGUAACACAGCGGAGGAGGAGGGUGAGGGUGAGGAAGAGGAUGACUCCGCGCUGCAGAAGGUGUGGGGCGCCAUGAUUAAGCAGAAACAGGAACGUCUCAGCCACAAGAUGAAGAAGAGCCGGCUAGACAACCUGCCGUCGCUACAGAUUGAGAUCAGCCGAGAAAGCAGCGAGGACUCGGAUGUUUGAGACGAAUAUACUUUUGCACAAUCAUCGGAAUUUCAUUUUUGACACAUAGUCAAUCAUGUUCAUGGAUGGAUCAUUGAGAGGAUCUACUUGGCAUAUGCUUUGGACUCUGCGAUUGCACUUGCAACUGCCCCCCUUUGGCUCAACUGUGUCACAUCCUUUCUUUUAAUACAAAACAUCCAAAAGUUGGUCUGGGUGACAUUCAACUUUACUUUUAUAUUUUGAAUUCAAUUUCGUUUUUGAAGAACUUGUACAGGUAACAUGGAACAAUGCCCUUUUUAAGACAGGACCAUUCGCCCGCAAUGUUGUUUGAUCAAAGGAUGUUUACUCGACAAACCCCUAAUCAUUUUAACGUUGUGUGAAGCUUCUCAAAUGGGACCUAAUGUUUUAUUUUAUAAUCUUUAAAUUGUCAUUUUGUGUGUGGAACAGCAACAAGGCCAGUUGUCAACCUGUCUAAUAUACACACACGAGGCCAGCCAUGCAAUAAAAAAAAAAAAAACAAAAAAAACUAGUAAAACCUCAGAGAAACUGUUACAAAAAGCCCCACAUGCUUAACUCCUCACGGACAAUUUGGCAUUCCUAUACAUCAGCAUAAACCUUUGUUUUUUUUUUUCAUUUCUACAAAUUACAACGGCAAUUGACGAAAUUUGUUCGUAAUGGACCUAUUGAAAUGAUGAAGACUCUUCUUUCAAAAAUUCAAACAUGAUUAAGUAGUUCGCCAAAAGACUGAGGUGAAAGCCUUGACAGCAACAACACUGAUUCUACUCUUAAUAAACAUGACUGGAUCAAUAAUAACCACUAUCCUUCCACUUGAAAUAAAAAAAACAAAAAAAAAACGAUCUUUUUUGUUUCCAAGACUAGUGUUUCUGGUUCAUGAAAUAGGAGGCUCACUUACAAUUGAACUCAUGGUAGGGAUUAAAUUAAUGAUUGUGCUGUUUUUAUGACACGAGAUUGACCCAUAAUCUUGGUUGAAUAUUUUUAUUAUUUUCUUAUUCCUAAUCAUUUAUGAUGUGGUAAGACAUUACAUUUCAUUCUUAAGGCGGCAAAGUCACCUCAGUUGAACAAUAAAAUGCGUCGAUA